AUGGGGAGUGGAAUAAGUUCUGAGAGUAAGGAAUCAGCCAAAAGAUCAAAGGAACUUGAAAAAAAACUUCAGGAAGAUGCAGAGCGAGAUGCACGAACUGUAAAGCUUCUCCUAUUGGGUGCUGGUGAAUCUGGAAAAAGUACAAUUGUUAAGCAGAUGAAGAUUAUCCACAAGAAUGGCUACACAGAGCAAGAAUGUAUAGAAUUCAAAGCUGUCAUUUACAGUAACACCCUGCAAUCCAUUCUAGCCAUUGUGAAGGCUAUGACCAUUCUGGGAAUUGAUUAUGUAAAUCCCCAAAGUGCGGAAGACCAAAAACAACUCUACAUGAUAGCAAAUGGCUUAGAAGAUGGCACCAUGACUCCUGAACUAACUGAGAUAAUAAAACGACUGUGGAAAGACUCAGGAAUCCAGGCCUGCUUUGAAAGGGCAUCAGAAUAUCAACUCAAUGACUCAGCAGCUUACUACCUCAAUGAUCUUGACAGGCUAACAGCUCCUGGGUAUGUUCCAAAUGAACAAGAUGUCCUGCACUCCAGGGUGAAAACUACUGGCAUUAUCGAAACCCAAUUCUCCUUUAAGGAUUUACAUUUCAGAAUGUUUGAUGUAGGAGGACAGAGAUCAGAGCGAAAGAAAUGGAUUCACUGUUUUGAAGGCGUUACCUGUAUAAUAUUCUGUGCAGCUCUCAGUGCCUAUGAUAUGGUCCUGGUGGAAGAUGAACAAGUGAAUCGAAUGCAUGAAAGCCUUCACCUGUUCAAUAGCAUCUGCAAUCACAAGUACUUUGCUACUACUUCUAUUGUCCUGUUUCUCAACAAAAAAGAUCUUUUUCAAGAAAAAGUAGCCAAGGUUCAUCUUAGUAUCUGUUUUCCAGAAUACACAGGACCAAAUACAUUUGAAGAUGCAGGGAACUAUAUCAAGAACCAAUUCCUAGAUCUGAAUUUGAAAAAAGAAGACAAGGAGAUUUACUCUCACAUGACAUGUGCUACUGACACCCAGAAUGUCAAGUUUGUUUUUGAUGCAGUGACAGAUAUCAUCAUCAAAGAAAACUUAAAAGACUGUGGUCUCUUUUAAUUGCUGUUUAUAAAUAUGCCUUGCUCAUGUGUUAUUUUCAUAGGAUAAAGGAGGAAAUGCUGGGUGUUCUGCUGUAUUUGGACACAUUUUAACUGACUUAGAAUUAGAGUUAGGAUGAUAGAGCAAGGGUUUGGUGCCCAAAUGGUUCAAUGACCUCUUGCUUAAACAUUACCUGUAUUGUUUUUGACAUCAUCAAUAACUAAACUUACUGUGGAUGUCUAAUAUGAACCUAGAGAAGUGUGUGACUUCAUAUAGUUCCUUUGGCUUCUUAUAUUUUUGCUUCUGUAAUAUUUUUGAAUUCUAAAAUAGGGCAUAUUGAUGACAUCUAACAUUUAAAAAUAGCCUUCCCGGUUGUGGCCUAGAUUCUUUUAGGAGAGAAACUAUGGGAAAUGAAGGGCAUUAGAAUAUACUUCAAAGGUCAAAUAAUUUUAAGUGUCUAUUUUGAUUAGGAAUUGAGUUGAAAGGUUUCACUCACAAAUGAAUGGAAGUUAUUAUGGACUAAUCUGGUUAAUUUCACAUAGCAAAGCUUUUUUCAUAUAAAUUAUAGCUUUAGGAAUUUUAUAUACAAAGAAUUACUUAGAAUACUAACCAAAUCCAUUUAUUUUAUUUUUUAAUCAUUUGAAUAUUUGAAUGGUCCAUGAUUUCAUCAGUAUGAA